AUGAGCGAAGUGCAGCUUUCUGUGUACUAUAAUAUGCAGCCAACCGUUCUACUUGGUUGGGGUGAGCAAUCGGAUAAAAAACACGUGAGUGACUGGCUGAUCGAUUCCGUUACAAUGAAUGUAAGCUAUUUCACUGGAGGCAAAUACAGGAGUGAACGACCAACAGAAGCUGAACAGCUCGACGUUUCGUGGUCAAUCUUGUACACCUGGCUGACGCUGCAUCGGAACGCAUUCUGUUUUUCCUUAGCAAUUCUGUUGCCGGCGUUGAUCUCAUAUAUGUUUAUAAUAUUUUCAUUUCUCCUACCCUCGCCUAACUCAUCCAUUUAUGUCCUCCUCGCAAAUUUAUUCUUCCUGGGUACAUUCCUCGAAGAUCUCACCGUAAUGAUACCGCCAGCUAUUGGACGAUUACCUAAAAUCGUUUGGUUUACUGCUAUAAGCCUUGUACUCACUUCUGUGGCAGUAUUUAUGCAGCUCUGGUUGCGAUAUUUGUUGAAAAGGCAGGAUGCGGUAAGCAGAUGGUACCAGUAUCUACUAAAUCUUAAUAGGAUUAUACCUUUUCGCUGGCGAAUAAGAGCGUUUGGUGCUCCUGCUGAUGGUCCAGACUCUGAGCAGCAAACAGCAACAGGUUAUCGGCCAUUCUUUUAA